CGCCGCGGGCGCCUGCAGGACAUCUGGGUUAUGCUGCAGGAUUAUCAUCUACGGUGACGGGACGGGUUCCCUGUGUGGCCCUGCGUGGCUCGGCCUCAGUUUCCCACCUAUCGAGUAAAGUUCUGCACGGCGGGGUCUACGAGGUCUCUCCCACGCUAGGUAGCGAUCGCAGCAGGGCCUACGUCAGGGCCAGUGACCAUUUCCUCCUGCCAUCACAGUGCUAAGGAAAAACAAUGCCUUUGGCCAGUCUGCUUAGCCUGCUGAAGCACUGUGGUGUGAGAGCAGCCUUUUCUACACCUCGCCACCUACACACAUCCCCUUGGAGAGCUGACUGCAGCAGGGCUUCAUUCACUCGACUGCGCCGCCAGGCCUAUGCUCGCCUCUACCCUGUGCUCUUGGUCAAGCAGGACGGCUCCACUAUCCAUAUUCGGUACCGGGAGCCACGACGCAUGCUGGCGAUGCCCCUAGACCUGGACGCCCUGUCUCCAGAAGAGCGCAGGGCCCGCUUCCGAAAACGGGAGGCUCAGCUCCAGCAGAGGAGGGAGGAAGAGCCAGAGGUGGUGGACAGUUUUGACACCGAACGAUAUAAACGGUUUUGGACCAAGACCAAGAAAUAACUGUCAGGGAGUUCCACCGGGGGCAUUUUGUAAGGAUGGAGGGCAUCUGUCUGUUUACCAUACAUUCUUGAAACCAU